CAAACACACGCGGUCGUGACGGAGCAGCGAUUCAUGAGUGAUGAGUGUGAGGGUGUGUGUUGCGUGAUGCAGCCGGAGCAGAUGCUGGAGGCUCCAGGGUUCAGGCAGAGGCUGCUGGAGGCGUUGAGUCGAGGCAGACGACAGAAGUACUGCCUCCCUCUCACGCAUGUCCCACCCGCAUCCUUCUGCAGAGGAGAGGAGGACAGCGAGCUGCUCUCUUUCGUCACAGCCUCCUCCCUCGCUCUGCUCUCCUCCUUCUCAUCAUCCUCAGAGAGCGAGAGCACGUCGAGCGGCCGCUCGCGCAGACGCAGACCGUGGAGCCGUCAUGGCGUGAGAGAGCCGCUCAUCAUGGGCAAUCAGGACGGAAAGCUGAAGCGCUCGGAAGCGGGAGGCGCGGCGGAUGAGAGCGCGGCUCACGACGGCACAAAGAAAGGGAAGAAAUCACGAGGGGAGGGAGGGAAGAAGAAAAACAAAUCCGACAGAUCCUCUGUGUUCCCUCACAUACGCAAGCGCAAGAACCAGAGCAAGGCUAAAUUAAGCUUCACGAGCGGAUCCAAAGAGGAUGCAUCGCUGGAUGAACUGGACAGCGCUCCGUCACUGUGCAAUAAGACGCCCGAUCUCUCCGGAGAUGAGCUCGGACAUUCGGACGCCGAGCCCGAGCAUCCGCGUCUGCAGGAGGAGGAGAAGAAGGUGGCGAGCUCCGGAUCCGACACGGAUAUGUACAGCUUCCACUCGGCCGCGGAGCAGGAGGAUUUGCUGGCUGACAUCCAGCAGGCCAUCCGUCUGAAGCAGGGCGUGAUGCUCGAGAUUCCCUGGGAUUGUAAACAAACCCGAAACACUCCCACCCCCGACUCGGAGCCCUUCACCAUGCUGGAAGCCAUUCCUAAGCCAGAAAACGUGCUUGUUAGUGCACCGCGCCUCCCUGAGGAGGAGGAGGAGACGGCUGUGAACGGACACUUUGUUGCCCUUUGUGUUCCGGUCGCCAUGGAAACGGUCACAAAAGAGCCUGAGGCCCCCCCUCCUCCUCCUCCUUCAGUGGUUGCUACAGCAACCAGCACCACCAGCUUCCCCGACCUCACUGCUUCAUUUGAAAGCGCCGUGGAGGCCAUCGAAGAUGAUGAUCCUGACGUUCCCAGCACGGAUACGUUGUCUGACGCCGACGGGCUCGGGUCCACGGGCUCACUGGAGUGUCUCACCAUCAUCGAGCCGCCCGAAGAGCCUGCCACGUUCAUCCAGAGGCGCAAGAGCAGCGUGACGCUCCCGCAGGAGAGUCCUCUAGCCACGCGGCUGCUGAAGCCUGCGGUCAAGCCGUACCCGCCCAUCAACACGUCCUACAUCAAAACCACCACGCGGCAGCUGAGCUCGCCCUCCUGCUCGCCCGCGCCGUCCCCAGCCCACAGCCCGCUCUUCACACGCGCUCGGGCCAAGAGGAGACGCGUCACGCGCCAGCGCUCCUACAGCAUCACCGGCCCCAUCAGCCGCUCCGCAGACUGGACCGAGCAGCUCCGCACGCUCCCGCCGAAAGCGGCCGGGUCAGCUGACUCGCUGGAGUACGGCGGCUCGGAGGGGACACUCAGGACACAGCGGGCGUCUGCGACCCGGGCCUCCACCUGCAGCAGCUUCCAGGAGGUUUUCACGGGCCGGACGCUGUUGGAGCGCUUCUUCCAGCGGCAGGACUCCGGAGAGCCAGAGGAGGCCGAGAAGCUGUGCUCCAGGAUCCUGGCCAUGGGCCUCCUGCUGCCCUUCAGCGACUGCUUCAGAGAGACGUACAGCAGCAGCGGACAGAUCACACCCAAGUUUGACCACGAUCAGCUGUACACAUGGGCAGCCGUCAGUCAGCCGCCUCCGUCUCUGGAGCAUCUGGAGGGACACCUGAAGAACCUGUGGCCCCUGACCAGACCCGGAGCCGAGGACCGGCCCCAACCCAAAUACACCGAGGAUGCGGUUGAGGAGCAGGAGGAGCAUCAGGCCGUCGUCUCGGACCUUAAGAAACAACAGGAGGAAGAAAUCCGGCUGAUUCAGGAGGAGUCGGUGAUAAAGACGGUGCAUCUGAAGCAGGAGCACGUCUGCGUGAUCGAGCAGCUGGAGCAGACCAUCGAAGACCUGCGCAGUAAGAUCGCCGAGCUGGAGAAACAGCAGCCCCUGCUGGAGCGGGAGGAGCUGCUGACGCAGGACCAGGAGUGCGGAGCAGAGGAGCGCCUCCUCCCGGACGUCUGCCAUGUGGACCUGCAGACGGAGAACACUGCGCUGCUGCCGCUGGAGGCCAAAUCGGUGCAGACGUCUCCCAUGGAGGAGAGCUUUAGGUUUAAAGUGCCUCCUGUGGAGGCGCAGGGGCCCGGGAGGAGCGACUCCUCGCUGCCCUCAGAAACUGAGACUGCUUCUCAAGCGUUUGUGUGCAUGUGCCAGCAGCAGCCGGGCGCUUCGGUGCCUCCUCCUCCACCCGGGAUGGGUGCACCUCCUCCUCCUCCUCCACUUCCAGGAAUGAGCGCUCUUCCUGCACCUCCUCCUCUCCCAGGCAGUUCAUUUCCUCCUCCGCCGCCUCCUCUACCGGGAAUGGGUGCACCUCCUCCUCCACCUCCUCUCCCGGGAAUGAUGGGUGCACCUCCUCCUCCACCUCCUCUACCGGGAAUGAUGGGUGCACCUCCUCCUCCACCUCCUCUCCCGGGAAUGAUGGGUGCACCUCCUCCUCCACCUCCUCUCCCGGGAAUGAUGGGUGCACCUCCUCCUCUACCAGGAUCAGCACCACCUCCUCCUCCUCCAGGUCCUCUGCCGUUGGCUCCUGGUCCUCCACUGGCCUUCGGUUUGGGUUCUCUGCCUCCGCCGCUCCCGCUGGGUCUGUACGCAUUAGGAGCGGCGCAGGAGAAACCUCCUCGCAAAAGCUGGGUGGAGCCGCCGAGACCCAUGAAACCGCUGUACUGGACUCGCAUUCAGCUGCACACCAAAAAGGACUCUCAUUCUGUCGUCUGGGAGAAGAUCGAGGAGCCAUCCGUGGAUUUUGAGGAGUUUGUCGAACUCUUCUCCAAAACAGCAGUGAAAGUGAAGAAGAAGCCUCUUUCAGACACCAUCAGCAGGUCAAAGACCAAGCAGGUGGUGAAGCUGCUGAACACCAAGCGUUCUCAGGCCGUGGGGAUCCUGAUGUCCAGUUUACAUCUCGACAUGAAGGACAUUCAGCACGCGAUCCUGAAUCUGGAUAACACUGUGGUUGAUCUGGAGACGUUACAGGCGCUCUAUGAGAAUAGAGCCCAGAAAGAUGAGCUGGAGAAAAUCGAGAAACACAUCAAAUCCUCAAAAGACAAAGAAGCAAGCAAACCUCUGGACAAACCUGAGCAGUUUCUCCAUCAGCUCUCCCAGAUUCCUGAUUUCUCCGGACGAGUCUUCUGUAUUCUCUUUCAGUCGACCUUCACUGAAUGCAUCUCAUCUGUUCAGCGCAAACUCCAGAUUCUGCAGAGAGUCUGCAAGGCUCUUCUGAGCGGUUCUGGAGUGCUGCAGGUUCUCGGUUUAGUUUUGGCCUUUGGGAACUUCAUGAACGGAGGGAAUCGCACCAGAGGUCAGGCGGAUGGCUUCACGCUGGACAUUCUGCCCAAACUCAAGGAUGUCAAGAGCAGCGAUAACAGUAAGAGUCUGCUGUCAUAUAUCGCCUCUUACUACCUGAGACACUUUGAUGAGGGCGCGGGCAGGGAGACGUGUGUGUUUCCUCUCCCAGAACCUCACGACCUGUUUCAGUCCUCUCAGAUGAAGUUUGAGGACUUAACUAAAGAUCUGCUGAGACUCCGGAAAGAUCUGAGAGCAUGCACUGCGGAGGUGGAGAAGGUGUGCUCGGUCUCGACUGAAGAGCAUCUGCAGCCCUUUAAAGACAGAAUGGAGGCGUUUGUGAGUGAAGCAAAAGCGGAGCUGGAAAGUCAAGAGAAGCAACUCGGUGACACCCACAAAAUGUUCCUGGAGCUCUGCGUGUUCUUCUCAGUGAAGGCCAAGAGUGGAGAGAAAGAGGUUUCGCUCAACACCUUCUUCUCCGUUUGGCACGAGUUCUCCACCGACUUUAAAGACUACUGGAAGAAGGAGAACAAGAUCAUCCUGCAGGAGAGGCUGAAGGCGGCGGAGGAGAGUUUCCGGCAGGUCAAAGAAAAAGCCACAUACAGUGUCAAACCCAAACACGCGUCUGGAAUCAAAGCAAAGCUGGGCAUGAAGAUCUGAGGCGGAUGUGAACUGACAGACGGACGCUCUUGUGCCGUUUCAUCUGUAAAUCGCUCUCGCAGCAGCUUCAGUGUUACCUGUCGUACCACACAGGAAGUGAUCCGCCGUCUGAAUGUGAUGUCAUAUCCUGUGUCCUGACCGAUGAACAUAUCAGACGUUUCCUCCACCAUACAUACUGGAGGACUGAAGCAAUAUCAU